AUGUCGAGUCGUCGUCAAGGAACAUUUAUGAUUGAUUCAACAGCGAUAUCACUUCAAGUCAACAUCGUAUCAUCGAGUCUAUCGUCCGUUGUUUACUUGAUCGAUCCGACAGGCUCGACUUUUCAACCGACUCCGUCUUCUGAAGGUGACUAUCUUCAAAAGUUCAUCAUCAAUAUAUCUAAGGAAUCAAAUAUUGGUCAAUGGACAUACCAUUGUAGUGAAGAUUGUACAAUUGAAGUGAACGUCAAGAGCAAAUUUCGAUGUCGAACACAACUGCAUGCACCAUUCUACGAUAAAAUAUUCAAAUUAGUAGCCACACCUCCACUCGUCAACCAAAGUGACGCUAUUGCAAUUACCACUUGUGAUGAUCCGAACGAAGCGUUGAAUAAUUCCGUUCAAUUGAUAGGUACGAACGGUGAAAUCUUGAUGAAUUAUUCUACGACAACGAAUUUCGUUAUACCAAUUGAGAUUCCAUCACAAAGCUUUCGCAUUCGCACUUGUAUUGGACGUCAUGAUGGAACUCUUACUUAUCGAGAAGAACGGGUACUAAUCGACACGAGUCGAAUCAUGAUGGCUAUCAUUGAUCAACCUCUGGUUGCAAUUAGUAACGAAAGUCUCAAUGUAACUUAUAGAAUACGAAAUGAUGCUGAUACACCUCUCUAUGUUCAAUUGGACAUUGAUGAUGUUUUGACCACUUCAAAAUGGUAUUCAAUUGCUCAGAUGUCGACCUUAGAUGAUUUUAUCAUUAUUGAUAUGAGUCGAUAUCCAUUUAUUGAAAACGAAACAGUUCGACUUGUUCCAUUGGCAUUCGCUCUACAAGCAUUCAAGAACAAGCAUACAAUCGCGUCAGAUAGCAUUCUCUUUCGACAUGAACAAAUCGUUCCGCUCUAUGUGCAAAGUACAGCUAUGCAUCUUGAACCUCCAAUGCAUUUUAUCAACAUUACAUGA